CGCCGUUGGGCGCGCACCGCCAGCAUGGCCGUUUCCACCGCGCCCAUCGCCCCGCCGGGCAUACACUCACCUCACCGAACGGCCGGAAGGCGACCGAUGGAGCCCAAUGUCAAGAAUAUCGUCCUGGGCGAGCGGCACAUCAGACCUGAAUAUCCGUCCUUCUACCCAGAAGAUUUGGUUGGCGGCAAGAAAACCGAAUGGCUCUAUGUGUGCCAGUGGUGCUUCAAGUACACCAACGAGCUGUUAAAGUUCAGUGCGCAUUGUAAAGUGUGUCCCAUGAAGGCUGAGCCACCGCAUGGCGAAAUUGUUUACGAGAAGGAUAACUACUCGAUACAGAAGCUCGAUGGCGAGCAACACAAACUCUACUCCCAGAAUCUAGGCCUCUUCGCCAAGCUGUUUCUCGAAACCAAGUCGGUCUUCUUCGAUGCUUCAACCUUUCUCUAUUACACCUUGGUCCUGCACGAUCCGUCGAGUAAGAGCAAUCCGCAGGGACAAGUCAUUGGCUUCUUCUCCAAAGAGAAGAUGUCUUGGGACAACAACAAUCUCGCCUGCAUCGUGGUAUUCCCACCUUGGCAGAAGCGCGGGCUUGGUCAAGUACUUAUCGCAGCUUCCUAUGUUCUGGGGCGAAGAGAAAAUCGAUUCGGAGGUCCCGAACGUCCCCUCUCCGCCGACGGCAGAAAAAGCUAUGUCAAGUACUGGACAGGAGCAGUUGCGAGGGAGGUCUUACUUGGAGGGCACGGUAAGAAGGUGCUGAGCGUGAAAGACUUGGCAGAAAAGACUUGGAUCAUGCCAGAGGAUGUCGUGGUCGCGCUGAAAGAGAUGGACGUCUAUGAGAAGCGCAAGACGGCGAGCGGGAAUAUCGUCGUUUCCAAGAGCAAGGUCCGAGCAUGGGUGGAGAAACACAAAGUGGGUCUAGAAGCUAUCGUGGAUGUCGAUGCAUUUGUGGAGGACAGCGAGAGUGAAGACGAAGAGAUGAGUGAUGAUUGAGCAUGACUUCCAGCAUGAACAAAGCUCGCUCUAGAGGCCGAAAAUGUCUACACCAAGCCGCUGGGCGUGGGUCGCCGCUACUUGACGAUGAAAGUUCGCUUCUGCCGCACAUGCAGAUGGCGCAUCAUGCAUGGUCGAUCGAAGUCCAACUGGACAGAACGUGGACUCAGACCGCCGGCUGUCAUUGUCACAUCUGCAACUUACGCGACCCGGAUCCGCCAUAUAUGCUACAGCAGAGCGCGAUGAUGACUCGCAUAUGUGGAGGAAUACACCCUUUAGCAGUGAAGCUGCGUGACGGACUGUCAGUGAGAGCUCUGAAGGGCGGAUUGCAAUUCGUGGUCCGUUGUUCACAUUCGCGAGAGCGUGGACACUCUCAAGACAGGUCUCCUUACCCCAAAAUCUCCCACGCAUUCUGGGUGUCCUGGAUUGGCCGGCUUCGGGAAUGCUUGAAAUCUUCUCGAGGUUCACACAAUAUUGCAUUUUCCAAUCGGGUAUCCGAUAGCCAUGGCGCCUACUGCAAUACUGGUCAAUGGAACGUAUGCAUGCACGUAUCAAAACGUCAACAGACUUCCAUUUCCAGGAUUCAUGGUCAUUCGGAGAGAUCAAACACCCAUGACUUGAGCCGAAUCAGCAAAGGAGCCCAUCGCCACAACAUCGAUACGACCUUCAACUGCCGACUACUCUCUGCAAGCGACACCUCUUGGGAACGGCUUGUCGGCGGCUUUCGUGUUUUGUUCUGGUCUAUACCUCGGUCUCAAAAGUCGCAUCAAAUAUGAUUACUUGCCGUGGGUUGGACCCGCAGUCUUGAAGCAGAUCCCCCGCAAUCAAGAUAUGCCCUGUCUGCGUAGUGUCAGCCGGCGGCUAGAGGCGAGGGGAGUAGAAGCAGGGUCUGAACAUCUGCAACCGCAACAAUAUCACAAAUCAACAUAUCCGGCAGUUGUCAAAGGCGUGGAACCCACGGAGCCUGGGCUAGAUAACCGAGUAUUGGAGGUCUCUCUGGUCGAAAUGUGGAAGGACUUACUGCUUUAGGCAUCGGGACG